AUGGCUGCAGACUCCUCAGCAAUGUUGCAGUUGGUUGGUUGGCUAAAAGUACAUAGCAAAGAGGAAACUGUGUUCAGUGUGCCUAUCGAGGGAUGCCGAGAUCCGUGGAAUGUGUCUGUGGUGCUAAUUUCGUGGCGUCCUCCCGCCGUCAAAGUCCAUUGGAAUUUCAGCCCCACAAAUUUUUCCGUGGAGAGAUUUGAGCUCACCUACCGUCCACUGAAUGCCAGGUAUCGAGUGGUGCACGAGAUUUCCGGGGAGCAGCGAUCCGUGACUCUGGAGCGUCUGCAACCUGCGACAGAAUACCAACUGUACCUGGUGGCCUUCGCCGUCUCCGGCCAACAGACCAACAUCAGCAACAAGGUGCACUUCGUCUCGCCCGACGUCACGCAAAAUGACAGUUGGAUCCAGAAAGGCGAUUCGUCACAGCUGGAAGAGGAGACCCCCGCUCCAUUCACCGUCAGAGAAGAGGAGGUUGUGAUCGUCGUCCUAGUCCUGGCCGUCUGGGUCUUCGUCAUCGUCCUCUUCUUCAACAAGUGGGGGAAGAUCCGAAUGCUUGAGCCUUACCAACCUCAGUACCAUUCCCACCCCGUCAUCGCGAAACCGGCACGCCUGCCACUGAACGAUGCCCUCGCCCCUCUCGAACGAUUCAACCUGGAGUUCGGGGCAGCGCCCACCCCCUACCAUGUGCACAAGAUGAGACCAAGACAGAACUCAGUGUUCGUGGGAAGCCCGUAUAGAAGUAGGAGCGGAUCUGUGUUGUCAGAACCUAGAAUCCCGAGGAAGGUUAAAAGUGCUGAAGACAUUAAAUCUCUAGUGAUCCAAGUUGGAGAUCGCAUGCUGCAGCAGUCGACAGCCCUUUGA